UUCAAGAAUGUGAGUUUUGUCAGAUGGACUUUUUGCUACUAGUAACAAGAAGCUACUAGGGGCUCCUGGCAUCGCUACUAGGAGCAAGGACGCUACUAGGGGCUCCACCCUAGUUGAGGCCUCCACCCUAGGCAACAAGCCCAAGCAGGUUUCAAAACUAGACGACCAGCUUGUGGUGACCACAAAAGAACAAUCGACAGCUCGUACCCGCAGCUUUUCCCGCUCUGGCUCCAACGCCUCAGUCUGUAGCGAUCCAUGCGGCGAAAUGCUUCGGAGCCGGUGCCGAAUCCGUCUUCGUCCACUUUCUGGGAGCUCCACAGAAAGCUUGGGGAAAUCUAUGCUGCAGAUGUGGCGCAAUUCACGGCAGCCUCAUCGUCCCUGCCCCUUGGGUCUCCUGCUUCAGGACCUAAUGGUCUUCCUUUGCAUCGUGGAUUGCCAUCAACAAGUCCAGUGCUCCCAGGACUUGGAGUCCCUGUACGGACACUACUUGACGAUUCUGAAGGCGAAGGGAAAGGACAGGAGAAUUCGGAGGAGCUUGACUUAGACUCUGUGCCGAAUCUUGACUUCAAACCAUAUGCGUGCUUCAAAGAGACUGUGAAGGACAAGAAAGGAUCUCAAAGACGGACGGUCUCAAUGGAACGAGCAAUGGAUGUGCUCGGGCAAACAUCAGCAGAGAGGAAAGAAGGAAGGAGGAAUUGCUUCCAACGACAUAGAGAUGUUCUUCAUCCGGGAGGGCAUUUUCGAACAGGAUGGAAUUUGGCAGUGGCUUUCUGCGUUCUUCAUGACCUGAUCUUCGUUCCACUUGAAGCUUUUGAGCUACCUCCAUCAGUUCCACUGAGAGUCAUGGAGUGGGCAACGCAGCUCUUUUGGAAUUUCGACUUCCUCGUGUCUUGUCGUACUGGAUACUACAAACACGGAGCGCUAGUGUUGGACCCAUGGGAAUCCUUUAAGCAGUACGCAAGGACAUGGAUGCCUUUCGAUGUUCUUCUGAUUUGUUUGGAUUGGGCGAUUGUUUGGGUCAGUGCCGCUGAUGCGGGGCUUGCACAGUGGUCGCGGACGCUGACGAUGCUGCGCUUCUUAAGACUGGCGCGGAUGCUUCGUUGGGUGAAGCUUCAACGGGUCAACGAGGUUUUUCAAGAGCUUUUGCAUUCUCAGGCUGCAAGCCUGUACUACUCCCUGUUUGGCAGUAUUGCACGACUCUUAGUCCUGAACCACCUGGUGAGCUGCGCGUGGUAUGGUGUUGGACGCCUUGGGGGAGCGGAUGGAUGGUUGCAACAACGAGCUGACUCUGGAAUUUGGCAGAGUUAUUUAGAAUGUUUGAACUGGGCUUUUGCUCAACUUAGUGUGGGUUCUAGUGACAUCCUUCCUGCCAACACUUUGGAGUUGGCGUUUUGCUGCAUCAUUGCGUUCAGAUCGCUGAUUACAUAUUCCACCUUGAUUAGUACAAUGACUUCCCUUAUGUCCGGCCUCAGCAGAAUCAAAGAGGACGAGGCCACCGAAUUCCGAUUGCUGCGCAACUAUUUGGUACACAAUGACAUUCCAAAGGGCUUGCAGCAGAAAAUUGUACGAUUUUUGCAAAACCAGUAUGCUUUGAGGAAGCAGGCCAAGUCUGUUGGAUCACGAGUGCCUUUGUUAGAGCUCCUGUCACAGCAACUGACGGGGGAGCUCCACAUUGAAAGAUAUCGCCAAGACCUUUGCAAAGUUUCUUUCUUGCGAAACCUUCUGCAAAAAGAUGACUUCCAAGUGAUUCAAGUUCUGCAGAAGGUUGCCUUGACAGCUGUCAGCGAUGUCAUGGUUGCCGCCCAUGACGUUGUGUUUCUGGGUGGAAGCAUUGCAGCUGCCGCGUACCUAAAGGUCAGUGGUGCAUUGACCUACUACCAUGCUUCAAUGAAAGAUUCUAUUGACCGGACAACAUGGCUGGCAGAGGCCUGCCUGUGGACAAAUUGGAUUUACAUGGGAGAUCUAGUUGCAGAAGACGUCUCACAUUUGACAGUGAUAGAUUCCAAUAGUUUCUGCGAAUUGAUAUGUGAUUCUAUCAGCACUCAACGUGCCGCUGCAGAGCAUGCCAGACAUUUCUUGAAAGUUUUGCAGAGGCAAGAAACGCUAUCAGACAUUUUUAGAGAAGAAGGAUGCGUUGCUCGACGCCCAUCUCGCCUUUCGAGCACAAACGCGCUGAAAGUACAGCGCUGGUGCUGUUUUUCUUCCCGUCGUGUGGAACCUGCGGAGUUCAACUCGAUCAGCGGAACAUCUGCCCCGGCUGGUUCAUAAUUUGAUUGAUCAUGAUUCAUCACAUAUUCAUCAAUACUUU